AUGGCAGAUCCCAAAUACCGCUUAACAAUGGAAGAGAAGAUGCAUCUUGAUGGAAAUUCAAACAGUCCUGACGGCCAUAUAAUACACAGUAGAAAACGGGUGCAAAGAAAUGGAUGUAGCACUUCAGUACUUGUGUUUGUGGUAGUUCUGCUUUCCCUGGCCUGUAUCAGUCUAGUCAUAUUUUUGGCAAUAGAAAAAUUGCAAAGGAACGAUGAAAUUCGAAGCUCGUUUUGUAGAACCGUCCUGGGCACAUCUAACUCGAGUGGGAAUGUGACGCCACCAUGCACAAGUGUCCAAUGCAUACUCGCCUCUGCCAAUAUUCUGCGUACAGUCGACCAGAAUGUAGAUCCGUGCGAAGACUUUUUCCUUCACGCAUGUGGCGGCUGGAUCAAGAGCAACCCUAUUCCACCUAAUGAACCACUCUGGAAUCAAGUGCUUGCUCUCAAGAAAAGAAAUGACCAACUUUUGAAGAGGCUUCUCGAUGACAAAACAGUCAGAAAGAGAUAUAUCGUGAAUGAUGCUGUUCAGAAGGCCUUCCUAUAUUACGAUUCCUGCACUGACCAGGACGCCAUUGAACAUGCGAAAGGGUCACCUCUUCUUGAAUUAAUUGCGAGGUAUGGAUCAUGGAAUAUCACCAACAAAACUUGGACUUCCGACUCCUGGAAUUUUGCCGAGACUUUGGUUCGUAUUCACAAAGAGCUCAAACUCUCGCCACUGUUUACACUUCAAGUAAAACCAGAUCUGGUGGAAUCCUCGCGCUACGUCAUAAUGAUAGAUCAAACGACUCAUACCAUUACAAGAGAUGCAUACCUCGCUAAUACUUCCUACCAUUACCAAGUAAGAAAAGCCUACCAGCAGCUUAUGUCUGAGUUGAUCAACCUGAUCGGUGGAGAGACUAAGUGGGCCGAGCACCAGCUUAAAGAAGUGUUUGAAUUUGAACAGGACCUUUCUAAGCUAUCCGCAACUGCUAACGAGAGAGCUGACAGAAGUAAGGUAUACAAGUUAAUGACUUUGAAAGAACUUCAAAACAAAACAGAAAAACCGAUUGACUGGUUGUUUUACAUAAAAGCAAUGUUUCAAGACACCAGCUACGAAAUAGAGCAAGACGAAGAGCUCGCCAUUUUUGCUUUGGAUUACUUGACAAACAUGUCAAGUUUGAUAACCAACACACCAGAAAGGGUUCUUGCAAAUUACAUGAUGUGGCAGGUAGUUGUUCAGCUGGCUCCCCAUCUUAGUGAAGAAUACCGUAGGGCUUUCUACAACUAUCACAGGGUGGUUAUGGGAAGCUCGGGCGAGACAGACAUCUGGAAAAAAUGUAUUACGGAAAUGAGUCGCCUUGACAAUGACAUUGGAGAUCCUCUGGGAGUAAUCUUCCUGGAUGAGAAGUUUGAAAAAAAAGAUAAAGAGUCGGUAAUGGCCAUGAUCGAUGAUUUGAGGGAAACGUUCAUCGCUAACCUCGACAAACUUGACUGGAUGGACAACAAAACAAGGGCUUAUGCCAGAGAAAAGGCUUCUGCAAUCAGACACAACAUUGGGUACCCAGAAUACAUGAAAGAUAAACGAAAGCUAUCAGAGAGAUUCAAGGACCUAACAAUGGAUAAUUCCUCUUACUUCAACAAUGUGAUUAGCAUCCGAACUUUUUCUAUGAAGACAAUGUUAAAGGAUCUUCGUAAUGUUGUAGACAAAGAAAGGUGGAUGAUUCACCCACAUACGGUCAAUGCCUUCUACGACAGAGUGACCAACAAAAUCAUUUUUCCAGCCGGAAUACUUCAAAUUCCAUUUUACAACAGAAAAUUUCCUCGAGCAAUAAGCUACGGUGGAAUAGGAAUUGUAGUUGCUCAUGAAAUAACGCAUGGAUUUGAUAGCAAUGGUCGGAAAUACAACAAGAACGGUGAUCUUGUUAACUGGUGGUCUGAGUCAUCUAACGAAGCUUUUGAAAAAAAAUCUCAGUGUUUUAUAAGGCAAUAUUCAAACUUUGAAGCUUAUGCGAAAAAGCUGAAUGGUAUCCAAACCCUUGGAGAAAAUAUUGCAGACAACGGAGCUAUCAAGCAAGCGUUUAUGGCUUAUAAAAAAUGGAUUGAGAAAAAUGGCGAGGAACCUCAACUUCCUGCACUGAAUUACACAAAUGAACAGCUUUUCUUCGUAAGUGCUGCGCAGGUGGAUUGUGGAUCUAUUCUUCGCCCAGUUGCUUUGAAAAAAAUUGAGCAGGCAACACACACUCUGGAUCACUGGAGGGUUGUUGGAGAAAUGUCAAACUCCAAGGACUUCGCUGCAGCAUUUAAUUGCCCAGCUCAAUCUCGAAUGAAUCCUGUUAAAAAAUGCUCCAUAUGGUGAAUCACAAUACUAAUUAUAGCCAUUACAACUUCCCCAAAUGUGAUUGUUGCAUCAGCUGCUUUAUGUUUCGCUAAUCACUCUGUACAGUUGUAAUCGGACAGUUGGCUGUAAUCGGAAACCUGUAAUCGGACAGUUGAAGCAGCCAAUCAUACAAAGUCCACUUAGAUAAAGCCACCAAAUCACAGAAUUGAUCACAAUAACCAUAACAACAACCACUUGCCCUGAAAAAUAA